GUGGUACAAAAGGUGGCGCCAUCAUCAGCACAAUUGUUCAGCCUGCAAACCUUGAUCCGAUUCGAAGCAAUCACGGCAAUCUGUGCGCGCAGUGUCGACCCCGGCGUACUCUUCAGAACCUUUGACAUCCCGCCGUAGUGGAGGUUUGAUUGAGAGGUGUCCAAUUGGAGUUUGGUCGAAGUUACAUCCAAGCGCACUACCAGACACCAACUCAUACCAGAUCAUCGAUUCUUAGCCGUAGCAAGAAUGCCAGAGUCGCGAUCGCGCGAGCCACUUGUGUGGAUAGAUUGCGAAAUGACGGGUCUAGACUAUGACAAUGACCAGAUCAUCCAAAUAGCAUGUUUCGUGACGGGGCCUGACCUGAAUCUGCUUGACUCCGAGGGCUUCGAGGUCGUCGUUCACCAGAGCGAGGAGACCAUGAAUGCAAUGGAUGACUGGUGUCGGCGAACCCACCACAACUCUGGCCUCACUGCAGCUGUCCUUGCCUCCCAGGUGACGCCCGAGAUGGCUGCUGAGCAGCUACUUGAUUAUAUUAAAAAGCACGUACCCGAGAGCAAGAAAGCACUUCUUGCAGGCAACACUGUGCACGCGGACCGUGCGUUCUUGAGACGAAAGCCGUACAACCGAGUCAUCGAGCAUCUGCAUCAUCGCAUCUUGGACGUCAGCACCAUAAAGGAGGCAGCCAGACGGUGGAGCAGUGACGACGUGCUGAAAGGGUCUCCCCAGAAAAAAGGCAUGCACGAGGCGAAAACAGACAUCCUAGAAAGCAUAGAGGAAGCUAGAUAUUACAGAGACACGUUGUUUACACCAAAACCGAGGGAAUAAAUCCAAAGCAUGUUUGAUAACUUUCAACUGCCCUAUGAGCAUACAGCCUCAAACAAAGUCGUUUGCAAAACAUAAUCGCAACUGACGACUGCCCGAGCAGUUAUUUUCCGUGAGCUCU